AUGACCUACCAUUCCACGGGCGUUCAUGACCCUGCAGGAGCCGCUGCAGCGGGAAUCAAAGGGAAAAAGAAAUCGUUUCACUCUGUUCAAAUUUCGAUCUACAAAACUAGGGAGGUUGCCCCGACGCAAUCAUACCCUCAGUCUGGAAAGGCCGGAAAGGCCGGUACACACGCUAUGAAACCGCUCACUUGUGCCCUUAUUUCUCUUUUUGCUGCUUGCGUAUGCAAUGGAGAGCUCCUUCCUACGCUCCCCUUCCCACUCCCAAUCUGUACCUCUACCACCACUCUCACGCUUGGAGGGACGUACACCGUCACGGCGACCAGCACUGUGACUUCCAUCUCCAUAAGCCAGACCCGUACAACUAUCUACACUCCAACCUCGGUCACCUGCCUCAGUACUGCAACCACAUUAGCAGCGUACCCGUCUCUUCCAGGCCUUGAUGCAGACACAGGAGCAAGCAUUCUGAAAGUCCGAGCAGCGAGUCCUCAGAUAACUCUUCCUCCCAUCCUCCCAAUCGGCUGUCCCACCGUGACUGUCAUUCCCCCGACAGUGUCGAAUGCACCUUGCACGCGUCUUGAGGGCGGCUUUGCACUUACGUAUGCUACCAUUUCCUCUCCCAGCCACAGGCUUCGUCAGGCAUCGUUGGGAGGACGUGAACUAAAGUCUACCGUCAGGACGAGUACGAUCACAACAACGAAAAGCGGAAUUGCAACCGUAACUACAACGCCCAUCUCAACGCAGAUUGUAACGGAGACCUGGAUUCAACCCACGCCAACAAACUACAAUGGUAUAUGCUUACCCCUCCCCUUACUUCGCAAUUCCCCUCUGCCAGCACUCUCUCAUGCCAAUCAUCUGUCUACAGGGCUAAAUUACUACCAAUACCUCAAUGGCUACAACUACAACACCGACACCACCGGCCUAGGCGGCGGCGGAUACAGCACAUCCCACUGGAAUGGCAACCUGAGUUACUAUACCUCCGGUCUGGCCCGCAAUAUCAAUUUCGAAUCCCCCAAUUGGCCGACCGGUCCUGCGGUCUGCCAACUGCCCGGUCAAGCAGCCCAGACGGAUUGUUCGCAGUGGACAGUCGUGUUUCAAGGGUUCCUUUUUGCUAGUAUUGCUGGAAACUACACAGUUCAUUCACCGAUAUUAGCUGAAUCAGCCAAUUGGCAGGAUAACACGGGGUUCUGGUGGGGAGGGGAGAAGGCGUAUACUGACUACACGGAUGGGAAUGUAGACGGAGCUGCAGCACCCAGUUGCGGCGUUGAUACUGUCAAGAGAGUGAGAGUGGGAGCGGGAAGUUGA